UUCACAGAUUAUUUAUUAGAUCCUGGGAUGAAUAAAAAUCAAGCAUGCAUAAAAUACCGUAUAUGUGGUAAAUGUACGGUUUAAAAUAUGGGCAUUUAUAAUGUCACUCAGGUGUAAAUUACAGGUGUAUGUUUCAUUCAUCUCUAGCAUCGAUCACAGCAUGUCACGUGUCACCAGCCGCUUCACGUUACUACGACAACAUCAAUAUCAAAAAUGGCGACCAUAAUUUCGAUUUAAAAUGUCUGCAAUUAAAAAGUACACUAAUACUUCAAACAUUUGUACGGAUUUUGAAAUAGAAAACGUGUGUAUUCAGCAUUUCCAGUGUUAAAUCUUUCAAAACUGGUUUUUCACCUUCCGAAGGAUUAAUUAAUAUUUUUGGAUUUAAAGCUCGGGAAUAUUUACCUGCCUUUAUUAUAAGUAUAAAGUGUAGGUGACUAUAGAAGGGUUUCCCGUCACAGAAAUUUAAACGGCAAACAAAAUUAUUCCAACACAAAGCCGAGAGGUAAACAAAAAAAUCCAUCGUCAUGGGUGAUUCGCAAUCACAAUAAAAAUGGCGAAAGCGAAGCCGGUGUCUUGUCAUGUCGCAUUGGAGUAGAUUGAUAUCUGGAUUCUUAAUAUUGUGUGUGUUGCUUUGAUUUAUGAAUUAUUUUGUGUUGACUUUGUCAUAAGUGUACAGGAAUAAAAUAAAAAUGCCUGAGCAACGGGUUUACGUUUCCCGUCCGGUCAUGAAAAGAACUCUUCCUCGAACACCCAGUGACACGGAGACAGAAACCGAUUCGGAGUCAGUGACGUCAUAUUGCAGCACGUGUACACAGACGACAGCAAGUACUAACAUUAUUGAUGAACGAAAUAGAGUCAUUCGAAGGAAAGUUGUGAGAAAUCCCCAGGUUUUACGUGCAAUUAUUGAACGACCCCCCAGAGACAAAAUCACUCGUAAAGAAUAUGUGAAACCCAUAGAAAACUCAAUGGAAACAAAACAAUACCUCCUUAAGAAACAUUUAACGGAUUCAGCUAAAUAUCAGGGUAAAGGAGUUGAAUCCUCGAAUUAUGAGAAUGUAAAUCUCGUAAGAAAGCCGGGACGGAGACCUGGAUCGGCCUCCUCCGUCCGUGCCGUAAGGACAAUCCGGACUGUGGCGAGUUCACCCGACGAACCUGUCCGGAGAAGGAUCAUUCUUCGUGAAGCGGAAGGUGUUCAUAAGACUUACGAUGAUGGACAUGUUAUGCAGCGUGUGAUACGCCGCGUCGAACGAGAAGAGCCCAAGAGGGUUGUAGUUGUAAGACGCCCUGUGACGUCAGAGCGCGAGGGUAGGGUGGUCCGUCGAAUAAUCACCAGAAGCCGACCCAGUUCGUAUAAUGGUCGAGAUGGGGGCGAACCGAUCAUCAUUCGCCGUGAGAGACCAAGUUCUUAUCACGCUGGUAUGGCGGAUGAAUAUGAACCUGUUCAAGCAGACGAAACAUCCGAAACAACCGAAGACGAAAGAGAGCAGGUUGUCCGCGAAUACCGCCUGCAGAACAACGAAACUCGAGCGGUCAAGCAACUGGAAGGAGAUCGGUGGGUGGACGAGUAUGAUGUUCCUGACGUGGAAAAACGAAAUGUCGGCGUACAGAUGACGACAAACUACGUCGUACCGAAACCUCCGGAAAAAGAGAGUCGCACCAUCGGUACUCAGACAAAAAUUAAAAAGGAAAAACCACCACCCCGUGAGCCCACACCCCCUCCCCGCAUUCCCACACCCCCUCCCCGCAUUCCCACCCCACCUCCACCAAAACCGAAAAAGAAAAGGCAGCCCCAACCUCCACCACCGAAAAUAAAAACACCGGAACCGGAACCUGUGCCUGUAAAACAGAAGCUGCCUCCUCCACUUCCGGUUAUAUACAAGAAGAAAUCUCGACACCAGUACGUCCGUGUCGGAGGUGGCUGGAUGAAGAUCGACCAUUACAGGAACCAUCACGUCCCACUGAGGAUAUACGAACACAAGAGAGAAGCCGCAAAUAACAAGUUUCUGUCUGUAAAAUACCGCUACACCAAGGAUAAAAAGAAGACACCCGUAGCUUGGGCAAAAUAUAGAGGAAGAGUGGCAAGCGAAUCCUGAGCUAGGAUCGCACAUUGCCCUCGAACUUAGCGCUCGGGCUAAUUGCAUAAUUCGGUGUGCCUUUCAUGGGCCAAGUAGGAUUUAAGAAACCUUACUAGUAGAACUGAUCUAACUUAAUGACUUGACUGAAAUAGAUACAAAUGUACUAGUGGAUUUUGCAUUUUGGAAAUGCUGCAUUUACUCCCUUAGUUGACGUUCGCAAGAAGACAGCAACAACUUCAUUCAAUUUGUAGGAUUCCUAAU